AUGGCUUCUUCCGCACCAAAAGUUGCGCCACCGGAGCGUCGCGAUCCUCUAGACGUUAUCGACAAGCAGGCGGAUGAGAUCGUGGCGCUUAUCAAGAAGAGCAAGCACUUCAUUGUUUUCACGGGCGCAGGCGUCUCGACUUCAGCCGGCAAGUUGAUCACUUGUUCUUUCAUGUGUAAAGGUGCUUGGACACUGAGAGCUCAAGGGCGAGCUCGCACUGUAAAGGCGACGAGCACGCUUCAGGCCAUCCCGACACCGACGCACAUGGCCCUGGUAGAGCUCCAGAAUCAAGGAGUUCUAAAGUAUCUCGUCAGUCAGAACUGCGAUGGCUUACAUCGAAGGAGUGGCAUCCUGCGGGAUCGCAUUUCGGAACUUCACGGUAACAGUAACCGAGAAUGCUGUAAAGACUGUGGCAAAGAGUACAUACGAGACUUCCGAGCAGUUGCCAGCUAUGAGAAGUCAGUACAUGACCAUCGGACUGGCCGCAAGUGCACUGCUUGCGGAGGAAACCUUCUUGACACCAUCAUCAACUUUGGAGAGUUCUUACCGGAAGAGCCUCUCAAGCUUGCUCGAAGUCAUGCCAAGAAGGCUGAUCUUUGCAUUGCGCUUGGGUCAUCCCUCAGCGUUCCUCCCGCGAGUGGCAUCCCCGAGACAUGCGGAAAGAGCAAGAAAAGUAAGCUUAUCAUCUGCAACUUACAAGAGACUUUCAUGGAAGGUCUAGCAGAUAUGCACGUUUGGGCUGAGUCGGAUGUUUUGAUGACAAGAGUGAUGGAUAGGCUUGGAUACACCAUUCCAAGUUUUAUCUUGAAGCGUCGGCUGGUGGUCAAGAUUGAGAGGGACUCACACGAUCGUCAAGUUAUUGUUUUGACUGGCAUCGAUGAUGACGGUACACCAGUCACAUAUCUUCAAUCUGUCAAGCUUGAGGAUAGCAGGCGCAUAGUAAGGUCCGAGCCCUUCUCAUUCGUCUUCCGAGAAGGUCUUGGUACUGGAGCCGAAGUCAAGUUUGCACUUGAGUUCAUGGGACAUUACAAUGAACCAAAUGUCGUUAUUGACUACAGUGUUCCCGGGGAAAAUGGCGCAGAGACGGUGUACGAUCUUUCAUAUGAUCCGAGCACGGGAGAAUGGGUAAUCAUGCGAUGA